CUCGGAGUCGUAGGCAAUUGUUGCAGCAGCAUUGUCAGCAGCCAACAAAGCAGACACCUGCUCAUGAAUCACAAAUGGAUGCAGGCCGGCGUCAAAGCUGAAGUCCUGUUCCCCUCAUUCAUUGUUGCGCCCUAGCUCGUGAUCCCAGGGUAGCGGCCGGCUGCGGCGUCUCGCCAUCCUCCCGCUGUGUGUGCGAGCAUGCGGAAGGGCGGUGCGCGCUCCGGUGCGAAGGUGGCAGAAGCGGACGGGCCACAGUGCAAUGGCUGCGGCAGCACGUUCAGCCUCUUCAACUGGAAGCACCACUGUCGCCGGUGCGGCAAGGCCUUUUGCGACGCCUGCUCCAAGGACCGCGCCGUGCUGUCUGCCCCCGAGUUUGGCAAGGAGCCGCAGCGCGUGUGUCACCCGUGCAAGGUGGCGGAGCGCCGCGCGCGCCUGGAUGGUCACGGCAAGCGAGGCAACCGGCGCGGUGCGGCGCCGGAGGACAGCGCCCCGGUGGUGGACCUGGGCCUGGGGGCGGACCCUCUGGGGGGGGACCAGCUGGGAGACUCCCUGACUGCGCUUGACCUGGAGGACCCCCUCGUAGCGGCCACGCUGGAGGACGCCUGGUUUGGAGGGGCGGCGGGGGCAGCAGCCGAUGCCAGAAAAGCCAGGGGCAAACCAGUCUCCGCCGGCGCUGCGGGGCGCGGCAAGGCUGCUGGCGGCGCCGCUUCUCCCGGAGCCGUGCCUGCCGCGCGGGGCAGCCCCGAGGGGGCAGCAACGGACGCGGUGCAGGCGGAGAAGCGGCGCGCGCUGGCGCUGAGGAAAGCAGGGAAGCCGGACGAGGCACUGCAGGCCCUGCGCCACGCACACGACCUGGAGGCGCAGGCGGGCACUGGUGGGGCCAAGGGCAAAGCGGCUGGUGCCAAGAAGGGGCGCUCCAUGUUUGACGUGAACGAGGACGACAUGGCAGACCCGGACCUGCUGGCGCAGCUGCACGACCUCGGCUGGACCGACGACACCGAAGCCAAGAAACCGCGCAAACGAGCAGCACCGCCUGCCGGGGGGCCCGGGGCGGAGACGGCUGCUGUCCCGACAAAUUCGGCAGGGCCGAGCCCAGAGAAGCGGGCGGCCCUGGAAGCGGAGAUUGUGGAGCACAAGAAGCGCGCGCUGCAGCUGAGGAAAGCGGGGCAGCUGGAGGCGUGGCGGGACGAGAUGGGCGUGGCGCAGGCACUGCAGGCUCAGCUGGAGCAGCAACAGCAACAGCAGGCGCCGCCCAGCGCAGCGGGGACACCGGGGGGCAGCGAGGCGCCGAGCGGGGCGAGCUCAGACGAGGAGGCGGACCCGGACGUCCAGGCAGCACUGCAGCAGCUGGGGUUUGACAGACAGCAACAGGGCGGGCCAGGCGGCGUAGCAGGAGCAAGCCAGAACAAGGGGCCCCCAGGGGUGGCGGAGCUCGAGGCGCAGAUAUUGCGGUAUAAGAAGGAGGCGCUGGCGUGCAAGAGGGCGGGCGACCUGGACGGGGCGCGGGCAGCCAUGAAGCAGGCCAAGCAGCUCGAGGCACAGCGCGACGAGGCAGCGCUGAACGACAGCACGCCGGCGUCGGCGCCGGCCACCCCCCCCCAGCCAAGGGCACCGCGGUCUGGCGGAGUGAGAUCAGGGCGCACGGCUCCAAGAGGCAGGGACGGCGAUGGAGAGGCGGAGCCGGAGGUGACAUCAGAGGACGAGCAGGACCCGGAGAUACUGGCGGCGCUGCGAGAGAUGGGCUGGCAGGACGAGAGGCCCCCAACGGCUGCGGGGCUGCAGCGCCCGGCGUCGGUGCGGCGGGCGGAGGAGGGGCUGGGCGCACUGGUGGGCGUGGUGGAGGACAUUGCGGCGCAGAAGGCGCGCCUGGAGCAGGAGGUGGCGGCGCACAAGCGGGCCGCGCUGGCCAAGAAGCGGGCGGGGGACCUGGAGGGGGCCAAAGCCGAGCUGCGGCAAGCCAAGCUGAUUGAGCGCCGGCUGGAGGAGGCGGAGGAGGCGGAGGCCGCGGGGCUGGAGCCGCUGGACAUGCUGAUGCGCGCGGGGCACAGCCACACCACCGCCAGCACGGGGCCGAGCUCAGGCGCGCGGCAGGAGAGCAAGCCGCUGGCGGCCAUCAUGGCGGAGGCGAUGCACAGCGACAACGUGGCGGAGCCGGACGUGGACUCGGACGAUGAGAACGACCCCGAGAUCCUGGCACAGCUCGCGCACAUGGGCUGGCACGAGGACGCGCCCGGAAGGGACGUGGCGGUCGCACCGAGGGUGGCGGCAGCGGAGAGGCUGGAGGGGCUGGCGGGGCGCGCAGGAGAGGUGGCGGCGCGCAAGGUGGCGCUGCAGCAGCAGGCACUGGCGCUCAAGCGGCAGGCGCUUGCGCUGAAGCGCGAAGGCGACGUGGAGGGGGCCAAGGCCGCGCUGGGGCGCGCCAAAGAACUAGAGCGGCAGCUGGAGCGGGGCGAGGAGCAGGAGGCAGCCGGGGCGCCAGGCCGGGCGCGGCUGCAGGCCCUGGGGAAACGGGGCACGGCGGAGGGGGCGGCUGCCGGAAGGGGCCCCGUGGAUAUGGCGCACGUAGCCCAGCUGCUGGAGGGGGGAGAGCCCGAGGUGGCGGUCACUGAGGACGACGAGCAGGACCCGGAGAUCCUGGCGGCACUGCAGGAGAUGGGGUGGCAGGAAGAGCCGCCCGCACGUGCUGCCCCGGCUGCUCCCCCCGCCGCCCCGGCGCCGGCGCAGGCACACGCACUCGAGGAGCAGGCACAGCACGCGCCCGCCCCGGCCGCCGCGGCCACCACAGCGGAUCUCACCGGAGGGCAUACGGGCCCACCUGCGAGCAGCCGAAGAGACGAGGGCGGCCUGGCUGGGCCCCCGGCCCGGCCCAGCGUUGGACUGCCCCACCCCGCGGCACACAUUUUCUCACAGCCGGUGCGACCGCCGGCCAACGUAGCCCCGGAGCUUACGCCCGUCAGUGCCGGCCCGCUGCCAGCCGACCUCUUCUCGAGCAUGCAGGAGCCUGCCUUCGGGACGGCAGGGAGGACGCCCCAGGCUGCAGCCGCGACCACGUCAGGCCAGGGGGCGAGGGCGGAGGCAACUGGAGACGACAGCAGCACGGCCAAUGACGCCGGGAGACGGUUCUUCCCGGAGAGCCGCAGAGAGCCGCUGCGAGCAGGGGCAGCGGCGGUGUCGCAGGAGGGGACGGGGCGGGGGCCUCCCUCAGACAGCAGUGCACCAGCAGUGCAGCGAGACCCAGGGCGAGCGGUGGGCACCAGCGCAGGCAGGCCAGGGCUGGGCAGCCCACAGGGCGGCGCACCCAGUGAUCCGCCCACCCCGCAGCCAGACCGCCGGCGCUCCGACGGUGACGAAGCUUUCAGCGCCCCGCCCCAUUAUUGGCCUGAGAGCAGCCCCGAAGCAGCGCCAGCCGCCCCUUCACCGAAGGCAGAGAGCGCCCGGCCCCCUGCGACGGCAGCGUCCGGCGGAGUGGGCGUGAGCGAGCUCCAGGAGCAGAUUCGCGCGGGCAAGCAGGCGGCGGUGCGGCUGAAGCGGGAGGGCCGCCUGCCGGAGGCGCGCGCCGCCCUGCAGCAGGCACGCGAGCAAGAGAGGCAGCUGGCCGCGCGCGGGGCGGCCGCAGAGGCAGCGGCGGCAGAGGGGGGCUCCGUGGGGGAGGACGAGAGCGAGGGGCCAGUGGAAGACGCGUUCGACCCGGACAUCGUGGCCGCGCUCAAGGGCCUCGGGUGGAGCGAGCAGCAGAUCCGGGGGGGGAUGGGGGCCGGGCCGGGCAGUGGCGCGGGCAAGCCGGCCAAGGUUGCGGCACCGCGAGGGGAGGGGGGCCAGCUGGAGGACCGGAUCCGAAGUGAGAAGCGGCGGGCAGUGGAGCUGAAGCGGGCGGGGCGGCAGCAGGAGGCGCUGGCGGUGCUGAGAGAGGUGAAGCAGCUCGAGAAACAACUCGGGUAGCACCGCGGUGGCGGAGAGGAAAACAGGGUAACAUUACUCUUUCUAUCUUCGAUGCUUCACUCAGGGGUUCGACUGAGCGGUUUGGGACAUGAGGAUGGCAUGGUCCUCUGAGUGAGCCGAAUUGCAGCCUACGGCUCAUGCGAAGCUCAUCCGCUGACGAGCUCAAACCUGCGCGUUGAGAAAAUGAUUCGGGAGAAGUUGUGCUUUCUUGACAGCGGGCCGGGACGAAAAGCCAAAGUAUUGUAUGUACAGAUUGUGGGAGGCGAACCUAAGCAUCCGCUCCAACAGGUGAACUGCGAUAUACGAACUUUUAUAUUAUUGUUACACUCUUAGUCUGCAAAGCACGAUGUAAACAGUGGAGUCGACAAUCAUUCUUCGACGCCACACGUUUCCCAUGUGAGCUUCAGACAGGAACUAAUUGUCAGUGCCACUUUCCAAUAUCGUUGCCACACGCGGCAG